GUGACAAAAGAAAAAAAGUUAAGACAGAUAGAGAGACCCGUCUCAUAAUAUCUAAGCCGUUUCAGUUCAAUUAUUCAUGAUAGUAAGUUGGUAUGAACAGAGCAUGAAUGGUGAUAUAAACAUUUCAGUCCUUGUAUAGGGCCUUUUAGGAUCAGGUAUGGAAGUCUUUUCGAGGUCUUCUCGAGCAGAAGAAGAUGAAGAAGCUCUGAAAUGGGCUGCAAUAGAGAGGCUCCCUACGUGUUUACGUAUAGGGAGAGGUUUGUUCAUUGAUGGUGAGGGUCAAGCUAGAGAGGUUGAUGUAGAGAAACUUGGCUUGCUAGAGAGAAAGACUUUGUUGGAGAGGCUGGUGAGCAAUGCAGAGAAAGAUAAUGAAAAGUUCUUGUUGAAGCUCAAGGAACGGAUUGAUCGAGUUAGACUUGAUGUGCCAACAAUUGAAGUUCGGUUCGAGCAUCUAACUGUUGAGGCAAAGGUUUAUAUUGGAAGCAGAGCACUGCCCACAUUACUCAACUUUGCUAUCAAUAUGUUACAGGGCAUGCUACAUUAUCUUUACAUUUUUCCAAGUAGAAAGACACCUUUAACAAUCCUUCAAAAGAUUAGUGGCAUCAUCAAGCCUCAAAGGUGA